AAUGGUAAGAAAAGAAAAAGGUUUAUUUCGUAUGAUGUUUUAUGAAUUCAUUGAAUAUAUAAAACCAAACUUUCCAAAAACUACAUGUGUUGGAACGGAUCAUUUUGGUACCAAGUAUUAUGAAACUAUUAAUUCAAAAUCUACAAUGAAAAAAAUUAGAAGAUAUUUUACACCCUUGAAUAAAACAGAUUUUGAACAAGAGUUACCUGCCGAAUGGGAAGCUUGGUUACGAUAUCGCAGAAAAAUACCACCAACCGAAAAAGAAGUUAAUGAUGGAUACCAGAUGAUUUUAACUAAACGAAAAAAUGCUGCUAAACUAAACGCUACUUUUUCUAAUUAUUUAUCUGAUUCUAAAAGUAAUAAAGAUCAAUCAUCGACUACUCAUGCAAAUUUAAAAUAUCCAGUUUAUGAAGAUUACAAAAAAUAUUCUUAA